CCUUCAAUUUUGUUUCUUUUUUAUUAUUCGCUAUUUUGGUUUCCUCUCUAUCUCUGAGAAAAAGCCAUAACAAGGAAGGUGCGAGAAAAGCGUCAAGAAACCGUCAGAAGAAAAAGAUACCAGAUAUUUUGUUUGUUGAUCCUGUUUUGCAAAGUUGUUGUUGUCUUUUUGAGGUUGAGCUUUGAAGAAGAACAAGAAGAAGAAGAAGAAGCUUUUUUUUUAAUCUUGGAUUAAUUUCGUUUGGUAUGUUUGUGUGAGAAAAUGGGAGCUGAAGCUGAAGUUGUAUUGCCUGUGUUGGAAGUCCAAUACUUUUCUAAAGGAACCAAUCUCUGUGAAGCCAUCGAAGAUGUAGCUCCUGAUUUAUCGAGUCCUCAAGGGGUUGUUAAAACUGCGCAGAAGAAUCCAGAUGCGGGUAUUGAAUCGGCUGUCUUGCAAUUUGUUCCGAGCCUUCGUUCUGGUAGCUUCUCGGACAUUGGACCCCGCCGAUACAUGGAAGAUGAGCAUAUACGGAUAGAUGAUCUGUCCUUACACUUGGGAUCACUCUUUACGUUUCCCAAGCCAAGUGCUUUCUAUGGGGUAUUUGAUGGCCAUGGAGGACCUGAAGCAGCAGCUUAUAUAAGAAAAAAUGUGAUGAGACUCUUUUUUGAAGAUGUCAAUUUCCCCCAGACACCUGAAGCUGAUGAGAUUUUCUCAGAAGAGCUUGAGAACUCUGUCCGUGAAUCGUUUCAGCAGGCUGACCUUGCUUUGGCUGAUGACUGCACUGUAAGCAGUUCCUCUGGGACGACAGCAUUAACUGCAAUGGUCUUUGGAAGGCUUUUAGUGGUAGCCAAUGCAGGUGAUUGCCGAGCAGUUCUCUGCCGUAAAGGACAGGCAAUUGACAUGUCACAAGACCACAGACCAAUUUAUCCAUCAGAACAGAGGCGCGUUGAAGAACUCGGUGGAUAUAUUGAUGAUGGUUAUCUCAAUGGUGUUUUAUCAGUUACCCGAGCCUUAGGUGAUUGGGACAUGAAACUUCCCCGUGGUUCUUCAUCUCCUCUGAUUGCAGAGCCAGAGUUCCGACAGGUGGUUUUGACGGAGGAUGAUGAGUUCCUCAUUAUAGGUUGUGAUGGUAUCUGGGACGUAAUGUCAAGCCAGGACGCAGUCAGCCUUGUCCGGCGUGGGCUGCGUAGGCACGAUGACCCUGAGCAGUGUGCCAGGGACCUUGUCAUGGAGGCUCUGCGCCUCAACACAUUCGACAAUCUCACAGUGAUUGUUGUAUGCUUUUCUCCUGUGGAUCAUGGUGAUCCAUCACCUCCACGACAACAGCAAAGGAGAUUAAGGUGCUGCAGCCUCUCUGCUGAAGCACUCUGUAGCUUGAGAAGCCUCUUGGAUGCUAGUGCCAGCCCAUGAAUGUUAAUAAUAAUAUAGUUUUUAAAGUAAACUCUUAUCACUGAAAAGAGGGAUUUCUGCUGUUUCUAGCUGCUUCAGUUUUACGGGAGAAAAAGCAGCUGGCAGUUUUGUAGCUGUUGGAAUCAAAGGUCAGGGGUUUAUGUAUAUGUAUAUAAUCAUUAAUCAACGGCUGGUGGAUUGUAUGUUCCUAAGUCAUUGUGGAUUCUUUUAGUAAACAUUCCAGGGUGACCACUUCCCAUUUGAUUUAGUCCACUUACGAUUCGUUCGUGUGCAUUUAUGUAAAUUCAUUCUUAGUAAAUAAAGAUAUUACUAAUUAUGCUUCUA